UGGUCAUCUCCUGUACUGUGUCCGCAGUCUCUGGUCAUCUCCUGUACUGUGUCCGCAGUCUCUGGUCAUCUCCUGUACUGUGUCCGCAGUCUCUGGUCAUCUCCUGUACUGUGUCCGCAGUCUCUGGUCAUCUCCUGUACUGUGUCCGCAGUCUCUGGUCAUCUCCUGUACUGUGUCCGCAGUCUCUGGUCAUCUCCUGUACUGUGUCCGCAGUCUCUGGUCAUCUCCUGUACUGUGUCCGCAGUCUCUGGUCAUCUCCUGUACUUAUGUCCGCAGUCUCUGGUCAUCUCCUGUACUGUGUCCGCAGUCUCUGGUCAUCUCCUGUACUGUGUCCGCAGUCUCAGGUCAUCUCCUGUACUAUGUCCGCAGUCUCUGGUCAUCUCCUGUACUGUGUCCGCAGUCUCUGGUCAUCUCCUGUACUGUGUCUGCAGUCUCUGGUCAUUCCCUGUACUAUGUCUGCAG